UUCACAUCUUGUUACAUCCCGGCUACCGCCAGGCAUCAGGAGAGACAGGCAAGGAGAUACAGAACGGAGUCCUGUCUUGGACUAUUUCCUAGCACACUGCCAUCUCCUCACUCCGGGAAGCAAAGAGUCAUUACCCGGGAACAAAAACAACAAACAAAACAAAAAAAUGCUGCAAACAUAACAGUAAGCAAUCAGCCGAGGAUGAAGUGAAGAUCAUUUACGGGAUAAUUAAGAGAAAAAUCAAUGUGAACGUCUUUUGAACCUUUCCGUGAAGGAGUGUACCAAAUCAUACUUUAAUUUUGUAUUUAUGUUCUAGGGUUGCUUUGAGAUUAAAAAAAAUUGUUUGGACUCUAAUGGAACAUUAGUGCAGUUCAAUUAAAUUUGAGGAGAGAACUUCUAUAUUAAAAAAUGUGGACUUUCCUGGGAAUUGCGACGUUUACUUAUGUCUAUAAGAAAUGCGAUGACUUACUAAGCGUGAGCUACGCUAACAAGGAGGUGCUCGGGGCAUUCCUGGUCUUUUUCUCCCUAGGGUUGAUCCUGUCCUAUCGAUACAGAUACGGACAAGGGAAAGGCAGAAAGCAAGCUUCGAACCUGGGGUUCAUCUCCCAGCUUCUCUCAGCCCUGCCUCUGGCAAGCUCCCUCUUCAGCGGGCCCACAGACUCGAUCAAUACCGAGCAAGGCAAGCCCAGGAGAAGGAAACUCAGUUUCUCAGAGUCUGUUCAGACAGAAAACUCUCCAAGCACCAGGAUUUCCUCCGAGUCUGAUCCAGAGAUCAUCAUUGUGGGGUCUGGGGUCCUUGGAUCUGCGUUAGCUGCUGUCCUUGCAAGGGAUGGAAGAAAUGUGACAGUGAUCGAGAGAGAUCUAAAGGAGCCAGACAGAAUUGUCGGAGAGUUGUUGCAGCCUGGGGGAUAUCGUGCAUUGAAAGCACUUGGUCUUGAAGGUGCUGUUGAAGGUCUUGAUGCCCACAUAAUAAAUGGUUAUGUUAUACAUGACAUGGAAAGCAAGACAGAGGUGGAAAUCCCUUAUCCUCUGGGUGAAAACAGUCAAGUGCAAUGUGGGACAGCAUUUCACCAUGGGCGUUUCAUCAUGGGUCUCAGAAAUGCAGCCACGGCAGAACCCAAUGUGCGAUUCAUUGAAGGAACAGUGACACACUUACUGGAAGAGGAUGGCAUAGUUGCAGGAGUUCAAUACAAAGAGAAAGAAAGUGGAGAUAUAAAGGAACUCUAUUGCCCAUUGACUGUGGUUGCUGACGGACACUUCUCCAAGUUCAGGAAAAACCUUGUGAAGAACAAAGUCAACGUUUCAUCACAUUUCGUCGGGUGCAUUAUGAAGGAUUCACCACAAUUCAAACCAAACCAUGCUGAACUUGUUCUUGCCAACCCUAGUCCUAUUCUUAUCUAUCAAAUUUCAUCCAAUGAAACACGGGUAUUAGUGGACAUAAGAGGGGAAUUGCCAAGACACCUUAAAGACUAUAUGAUUGAGAAAAUCUAUCCACAGCUUCCAGAACAUGUGAAAGAGCCAUUCCUACUGGCAAUUCAGAAUGACCGUCUGCGGACAAUGCCGGCAAGCUUCCUUCCUCCAUCACCAGUGAAUAAACCAGGUGUGCUCCUUUUGGGUGAUGCAUAUAACAUGCGCCAUCCUCUCACAGGGGGUGGGAUGAGUGUUGUCCUGAAUGAUGUGAGGAUAUGGAAAUGUCUCUUGCGUGACAUUCCAGAUCUCCAUGACAAUGAAGCAGUGCUAAAGGCCAAGAAGAAAUUUCACUGGGCACGGAAGAAGUCCCAUUCCUUCGUGGUGAAUGUCCUGGCUCAAGCACUGUAUGAACUAUUUGCUGCUACAGAUGAUUCCUUGCAUCAGCUCCGGAAGGCUUGCUUUCAUUAUUUCAAACUGGGUGGACAGUGUGUGACAGGACCAGUGGGUCUCUUAUCAGUGCUAUCUCCUGAGCCAAUGACACUGAUUGGACACUUCUUUGCUGUGGCACUCUACGCGAUCUAUUUCUCUUUCAAGAGAGAACCAUGGUACAUGAAACCACGAGCCUUGUUGAAUGGUAGUGUCAUUGUCUACCGGGCGUGCUCAGUUAUUUUUCCACUCAUUUAUUCUGAAAUUAAAUAUCUUGUUUACUGAAUGACAUGAAAACGAUAAAAAUGAAUUAGAACAGAAUAUCACACUGAGCCUUUGUAAUAGGUGGACAUUUACCUCAACUGUUGUGUCUAAAGAUUGGUACUGUUGUCAAAAGUCAAGACCCCUCCUGUGGCCAAUUGAGUAGCAGAAUGUUUGUUAAUAUUACAACAAGCGGAUAUGUGAUGCAACUAUGUAACUGCAAGAUACUAAACAAGGACAUAUUAAUAGUGUACGUAAAAUGACGUGACAUUUAUUACAAAUCAAACAUACUUUAAAGAGCGUUGACUAUGGCUUUUGGCACUGAGCUUGCCACUGCUGUUAAUGAUGCGCUUUCAUUUAUCAUUCCAUUAUUCAAAGCCAAACAUCAAUCUAAAACAUUUGAAAAAGUUAUGUCCUCAAACUGAACUGCUCCCCAAGGAAGGUGGGAGGUGAAGAGAAUUAUCUUUACCUGGCUGCAUUUAAAUAAUAUAUUGUUCGUAAAAAGUAGAAAUUGCAUUUGUCUGAUGAUUUCAUUCCUGCCAAAACAUCCUAGCUUCAUCAAAGCAUAUCUCAGGCACUGAUCAUUCCUUGAGGGCAACAUGGUCUAAUAACUUUUUUAUUGAAAUGUGGGAUAAGAUUAAGACCAGUAUGAUGGAACAUCACUGGUAUUCCAAACAGACGGGAAGUAGAAUUUGAUUUAUUGGUGCAAUUCAACUUGGUGUUAUCGACAAGUUUCACUAAUUCACGAAGAGUUAGCUCUGAAUGGUCCUUUAUAUCACAGUGAUUGCUCUUCAAAAAGACUGCCAAAACUGGCAGAACGAGGUCUUCAUUAGGAAGGAAUGACAUUUAAUCAAUAGUAACAGAAUUACUGCUACUAGGCUAAAGGUGGACGCUAAAAAGGCAGAUGUUAGCUGUGUAGACAGAAAAAAAUCCAUCAUUUGGUGGCUUUCAAAGUUUCCUCUGUAAAAUGAUUUAAUUUAUGUACAUAUAUUUUUGAGUGAAAAGUUAUUUCCAUUACUGAUUUGUAAUUGCUAAAUGUUACUUGUUUCAAAUUACAAAACGCUGCAGGCAUUUCAAGAGCUGGCUAAACAAACUUGGUGCAAUUCCUAUUCUGCAGGGUUAAAUAUCUUUAGAUUUGGUUUUAGAUCUUUUCUCGUCCCUGGUUUAUAAAAUGAAACAUAAUUUGUGCUAAGCAGACCACAUAUCUUCCUUGAAUAGCAUUCUCUUGAUCUGAUGUUUGCACCAAAAAUUUGUAUACCAUAUUAAAAAUGUAUAUAAUGUACAACUGUAAAAGCAGUAAUGAAUUUUUCUUGGCGAUAUUUGUCCAUUAUCUUUGAUUAUUCUACCAUCAAUACUAUGUCUGUUACUAUAUUAGUACGCAACACUUGAUUAAAAG